AAACGAAUAUUGAUGAUAUUCUGGAAUAGAUUUAUGUCAUGGAUACCUGCCAUCAUUUUAUUAGGCAUCUUUAUAUUCAUUUAUAGUAUAUAUUUUGUGGUAUUUUAUUUGCAAUAAUAUUUAGUACAACAUUCGAUCUAAUUUCAAUGGAUUAAAUUUGGAAACAGUGAUUUUACACAUUUUAAUAUUAAUGUUCAUUAUAUCAUUGUUUCGAGCAAUGGUAAUAGAACCUGGUACAAUAAAAUAAGUAUUUUAUAUGGUAAAAUAUUGAGGAACUUAUAGAUUAAACUUGGAUCUAAUGGGAAUAAUAUUAACAAUAAGAGAAAGAGAAAGAGAAAGAGAGAAUAACAGAAUGUCGACAGAGAAGAAGUUAAAGAUCAGUAAAGACAUUUAAGACAGAAAAUGAUGAGGAUAGAAGUGUAGUAAAUAUGGAUGCAGACGAGAAUUUAGAAGAUUAUUUUAAUAUGAAAAAAGAUGAUAAUAAAUAAGGAAGAGAAAAAAGAUUCUGUAAAAAAUGUUGCAUUCCAAAACCUUUAAGAACACAUCAUUGUUCUUAAUGUAGAUGCUGUUGGUAAAGAAUGGAUCAUCAUUGUUAAUGGAUAAAUAAUUGUGUAGCCAAAGACAAUUAUAAAAUAUUUAUUUCAAUGAUAUUUUAUGCUAGUAAUUAUUAAUAAAUUUAAUUAUAGAGGCUGUCUUUUAGUUUGGGUUUCAAUAUCUUAAUAUAGGGUAUUCUUAAAUGUAAUUGAAACAGAUGUGUCAGACUUUAUAUUAUUUAUAAUAGUACUUCACUAUUAUUUUGUUCUUUUGAUUGCAGUUCUAAUUACAGGUUUCUUUAUAUUCCAUUUAUAUUUGAUAUCAUAAAAUAAAACUACUCUUGAGUAAUUAGAAGAUAAACCAGAUGUAUUACUACUAAAUCAUUAUUUUAGAGAUAAAAUUAUAAUUAAGGAGUUUGGUAAAAUUUUAAAACCAUAAUGGGACCUAAUAUUCUAUUAUGGUUUUUACCAGUUUAAUGA